AAGGUGGCGGAGGAGCGGCUUCUGUGGAUUUCACAUCCCCAAAAUGGGCAGAGGAGGAGGAUCUACUACUUCUUCAUCCUCGCUUGAAAGCAGCAAUUUCCCAUCUCUUUCAACUAGGUCUUCUCUGUAUCAGCACAGCCGAGACCUUAGCACAGAUCUCAGACUUGGACUCAGCAUUGCAGCUUCUCAUCAGGCCAAUCCUUCUACUCCAAGUGAGUCAGAUUGGGCACCGAUCAAGCCGGUUUUAAAGAAGGCACUAAUAUCAGAAGAAAAUGAGUGCAACAGUCCCACCUUCUUUGUCAAGGUUUACAUGGAAGGCAUUCCAAUUGGCAGAAAACUAAACCUAUUAGCCCAUGAUGGUUACCAUAACUUAAUAAGGACUCUUGAUCAUAUGUUCAACACUUCCAUUAUCUGGGCUGAAAUGGAUGGUGAACAUUCAGAACAGUAUCAUGUGUUGACAUAUGAAGACAAAGAAGGAGAUUGGUUGAUGGUUGGGGAUGUACCAUGGGAGAUGUUCUUAUCCUCUGUGAGGAGAUUGAAGAUCACAAGGGCAGAUUUAUAUAACUGAUGCUUUUGUUCAUAUCAUCCUUCAUGAAGUCGCUUACUCGCUUUUAUUUCUCAGCUGGGGAUCAUGGAAAAUAAUUAAUAGAUAAGCUGGAAGAUAGUCAUGAUAAUGUUUGAGAAUCAUAGAUGUAUAUUCCUAUAAAAAGAAAUGAUAGAAAAGAAAAAAAAAAGUUUUUGCCUUUUGCUUG